AACUCUGCGAGUGUGUGCGCCACUUGUUGUGCAAAGAGGUGGCAAAAACGUAAAAUUGAAUGUAUUUUUGAAGCAAAUAGUGUUUUUAUUUUAGCCAAAAGUGUACAGAGAAGAGAGCCGAAAAAGAUGUCCGACCCGAAGGAGAUGCAAACGGACGAGCGGGAGGCGUUAAUCUCGAUCUACGAGGGCGACAGCGCCUUCAAGCAAGUGAACUCGGAAACGUAUCAGUACAAGUACGGCGAGGAAGGCAACAAAUCGUUCCUGUUGGAAAUAUGUUGGACGGAAAAGUAUCCCGAAGAGUUGCCCACCUUCAACCUGGAAACAUUCUACAACAGAAACCUGUCCCGAACAGCGAAGGACAGCAUCCUGACGAUACUGAGGGAAGAGGGUGAACAGUGGAUCGGCUGUGGGAUGACGUACACGCUUUUUGAGUGCCUCAAGGAUAAGCUGGACGAGCUGCUGACGGACGAAAACUGUAACGCAGGCGAAGGGCAGCAGGUGGUGAUCGGAACGGCGAACACACCGCUGGACGGUGAUGCCGCCAACAACAGCGACUCGGAGGAAGACGAAUCGGGUGAUGCACGCGGUGCCCGCCGGGAACAGAAGCGAGAACAGCUGACGAAGGCGCAGAAACGGAAACAGUGGGACCGUGUCGAUAGUAAAGGCAACCGGCAACGGGGCUGGAAUUGGGUGGACAUCGUGAAGCAUCUGUCGCAGACCGGCGGUAAACCGGAAUAGUCCCGGCUGACCGGGCGGCACGUGUGUGAUACUAGGACCGUCGUGCGUGUCCGUGUUGUGUUGAUUUGUCCAGAGCCAGAGGAACCAACAACGAGAUGAUAGCUGAAUAAACCGACCCCGGAAGCUGCUCGCGGAUCGAAGCCAGAGGCAGAGCGAUUUGGUUGGAAAAUGGAAAUUUUUAUAUUGUUUCAUGUCUUAAAACCUUUCUCCUGCAGCAUUCGCGUGCGAUAAUUGAACUAGUUUUUUUUUGCAUCGGAUUGAACUCGUGCUCGCUGCUGAUCUCUACUCUAGUGAACCCUCUCUAACCUCUAGCCACCGCUCAAACCUAUCUUUCGUGCUCUUUGUGGUGUGGCCAUCCUUCCUAGAGAGGCCUGCUGUUCACUCUUUACUGCUACGGCAAACACGUAAAUAGGAAAUGGUAUAAAACUGCUAGUGGAAAGUGUGUUUGCCAAGUGUGUUGUGCCUUAAAAUGGUUAUCACAGCAGUGAAGCAUGCCCGGGUUCAUGCACAGACGGUCGGUCGGUAUCGUUCGGUAUCUCCUUUCUGCUGCGUUGUUUCUGAUUAAAAAGAGCUAAGAAUCCUAACAAGCGGCACCUAUCGUUGAUGUUUCGUUGCGUGUGCAGAGAGACGGCAUUUUCAUCAGUAAAAGCGAGUUGUAUCAAAGGAAGCAAUGGAAUGUUUCCAGUUUUGAGCACCGUUGCGAUGGGAACUAAGACAAACUUGACUUUAAAACUUGCGUAAGCGUAUCUCAAAAGCAUGGCUACACUAGGUGCAACUAUAGAAUGUGCAAAAUCAGCUUUAAUAAAAGACGAACGAACGAACGAACAGUGACGAUCGUCGAGGUUCGUUUGCAUAGCAUCUAAAAAGGAAGGCCGAUCGCAGCCAGGAUCGGAUCUACUCGUGUAUCGAGAGAGCUAUUUGGAUAUUUAUAAAAAUAAAUCGAUCGAUACCGUGGA